AUGGAUCGCAUUCGACGGCUGAUCGCCACCCCACAGGCGUACGAACCGAUUGAAGACAGAGCUGACGAUGGCGAACCAUCUGGUGAUGGAGAAAGGCCUAUAGCACCAUUCUCCAAAGUUAAUUAUGCGAUCUUCUUCCUCCAAGGCAUUUCUAUGCUGUGGGCGUGGAACAUGUUCCUCGCCGCAGCACCGUACUUCUAUUCUCGAUUCCAGUCAGAUGGAUGGACGGCAACCCACUUCCAGCCCUCCAUCCUAACCGUAUCAUCCAUCACCAACUUGGGAAUGGUGACUAUACUCGCGAAGCUGCAGAAAAACGCCGACUAUCCCAGACGAAUCAAGAUCGCAUUGCUCAUUAACAUCGCCAUAUUUACCCUCCUAGCCUUUUCGACGAUUCUCUUCAAAAAUGUCUCGGUGAAGGUAUACUUUAGCUUCGUGCUGCUAAUGGUGUUUGGAACAAGUUUGGCGACGGGCUUUAACCAGAAUGGCGUUUUUGCCUAUACUGCUGGUUUUGGGAGAGAAGAGUAUACACAGGCUAUCAUGGGUGGUCAAGGCGUGGCAGGAGUCUUGCCGUGUAUCGUGCAGAUUUUCUCUGUGCUGGUGGUGCCGGCGGAUAGCAAGGAACAGCUACCUACGGAGUCACCCAAGUCGGCAUUCAUAUACUUUAUUACAGCUACCGUGAUAUCGUCCUUUGCCCUCAUUACCUUUUUAUAUCUACACAAUCAACGGCUAGCAGCUUUGGACAAAUUUGAAUGUGAAGAAGAGGAGGAAGCGAAUGACCCGGUCCCUGAACUAGACCAUCACAAGGAUGUGAGCCUCUGGGCUCUUUUCAAGAAACUCCGCUGGAUGGCUUUAUCCGUCUUCAUCUGUUAUGGUAUUACGAUGAUGUUCCCAGUCUUCACAGUGCAGAUUGAUUCCGUCCAUGACCCUCAUAGCUCUCGACUCUUUCAACCAUCCGUCUUUUCCCCGUUGGCAUUCUUCUUCUGGAACGCAGGAGACCUCAUUGGAAGAAUGUCGCUGAUAAUACCCGGCUUCUCUAUCAGUCAUCGCCCUUUCUUACUGUUUCUUCUCUCUGUUGCUCGUGUUGCGUUCAUCCCACUCUACCUGAUCUGCAACAUCCGCGGACGAGGACCCAUUGUAGAGAGCGACUUCUUCUACCUGUUCAUUGUGCAGCUCCUGUUCGGAUUUACUAGUGGAUAUAUAGGUAGCUGCGCCAUGGUGGGAGCUGGCGAGUGGGUGCUCGGAGAGGAACGGGAAGCCGCUGGUGGCUUCAUGAUCAUGAUGCUUUGUGGAGGCUUGGCUGCAGGCAGUGUUCUGAGCUUCUGUGCUGCCAGUGCAUGA